AUGUUAACCGAUAAUGAUCAUUGUUCGAAUGCUUUAUUUCGGUGGUUUCAAUCGUUUCAAACAAACAUUCCCCUCGACGAAGAAAAUCUUCAAUGUUUGACAUCAAAUCCAAAUCUUCAAGACAUUUGGCAAAAACUCAUUCGACAUUGUCAUCCGACUGAAUUCGUCAAAAAAGUGAAGGAGACGAUUCGCAUCAAUGAUCUGAAACAACGUCAUCCAGAUCGAUGGGAACAACAUAAAAACGCUCAAAUUCAGCAAGGACAAAUUGAGCAACGAAUUCAGCUGCGUUUACGCGAAAUUUCUGCUCUGAAAAGUGAUCAAUCGACAAACAUUUUCAAUGAAUUAAAUCGAGUGGAUACGAUGAUGAAUGAUGAACAUGAAAUGAUUUCAUCGUUAGAUAAACAAUUACAAAUUUAUCGACAGAUUUCACUCGACUUCAAUCAAUUAUCACAAUUGAAACAACAAUUCAAUUCAUUUUUUUCGACAGAUAAUCGACAAGAAUUAAUUCUUGAUUUACUAAACACAAAAACUUCGUUGACAGAAAAAUCUCAACAAGAAGUGAAUUUCAAUGAUUUGUGUUCAGCAAUGAUAAAUCAAAUUCAACAAAGAAUCAACCAAUUAAAUAAAAUCGAAAACAAUGAUGAAGAAAGAAAUUUCACGAUUAUCCAAAGUUAUGAAGAUGCACUAACCAAAACAAAUUUAGAUUUCACAAAACAAUUUGUUCAUUUGGCAAAUAUUCGUCUGGAAUGUGCAAAACUUCGUCAUCGUCUUCAAGAAAGUAAACGUGAAGUUUUAUCUCGUCGUGCAUCAAAUGAACAAGGUCAAUUAUUAACAAUUCUUGAUGCGAUGAUCGCUAGUAAAUCAAUCGAAAAUCACUUGAAUCUAUUAAAGAAGAAAGUUCAAACAGAAGCUGAACAAACAAAAAAAUCUCAAGAAAAUCUUCUUCCACAAAUUCAUCAACAAAUAACUGAACAAAGAAAUCAAUUGAAUCGAAUCGAUCAACAAUUGAACAAAAUUAUCCAAGAAAAUCCCUUCGACAAAUUAGAAAAACUUGAAUCAAAAAUUCGUGAUUACACUCGUCUAAUUUCUGAAUUCCCUCAGCACAUUCACUCGUUGAACAUUCUCCAUUUAUCGUUGUCGAAUCAAAUUCGUUCAAAUCUUUUCACUUGGUCAAACGAACAAUUCAAUCAAAUUAAUUUAGCAAAUCAACCAAUAAUUCAAUCACCACCAACUCCAUUACCAGAAAUUCUCUCUCAAACUCCAUCAACACCACUGACUUCACUGAAACAACUACUCGGAAUUCGAACACAAGACUCGACAAUACUCGAACCACCUGCAACAAACGAUUCAUCAACAAAACAAGAAACUCAACAUUGGGAUAUUCCAAGUAAAGAUGAAGAUAUGUUCAAAAUCAUUUGCCCAUCAUUAACAGAAAUCGAUUGGCAAAUGUUAAAUCGCGUCGAUCAACAAAUUGAAGAUUCACUGAAAGAUUGUCGUCAAGAUUUUGAUCAGUAUGAAGAACUUUUCCAAAAUAUGAUCAAAGAAACUCGUGUCUUACAAUAUGAAUACAGAGAAAAACCGGCUUUUCGCUCGUGA